GUCUCCCUAAUGUAAGAUGGUGGCCGGCCUGGCGGCGGAGCGCACGGAGCCCGGAGCUUACCCGUCUCUCACAUAAAGGUCGUCAGAGGAGCCACUCCGCUCCCUCCCGCCAGGCCCGCGCUACCAGAGGUCCCGCCCGACAGCGCCGCUGCCCCUGCCGCCAGCCAGCCGGCCGCCGUGAAGCAGGAGAGACUGCGGGCUGGGAGGGACGAGGAAGGCGGCUGGAGAUGACCAGAAGAGUCUGGGCUAUAGGACUGCCCAUCUCUGUGAACUACUACUGAUCCUUUGACCACAGUUUGGGAAUCUCUGCAAAUGCUACCAUCGCUGAUGCUUCUUAUGAAAGAUGACUUAAUACAAGAAAACUACUUGCAUAGGAAUUUUUGUCCCCUAAUAGUUCAGAUCUUCAAGUUGCUCCAUUUUAAUUUUCAGUGCAGACCUUUCUGCUCCCUUAAGUUAUUAUAAUCUUUUUUGCUGCUCUGCAAAGACGUGAAGAUGUCUCGCAGCCCUGAUGCGAAGGAAGACCCUGUGGAAUGCCCCCUUUGCAUGGAGCCCCUGGAGAUUGAUGACAUCAACUUCUUCCCUUGCACCUGUGGCUACCAAAUUUGUCGCUUCUGUUGGCACCGUAUCCGCACUGAUGAGAAUGGACUUUGUCCUGCUUGUAGAAAGCCAUAUCCAGAAGAUCCAGCAGUGUACAAACCACUCUCCCAGGAAGAGCUGCAAAGGAUAAAAAAUGAAAAGAAACAGAAGCAAAAUGAGAGGAAGCAGAAAAUAUCAGAGAAUCGCAAACACCUGGCCAGUGUACGGGUUGUACAGAAGAACCUUGUCUUUGUUGUAGGGCUGUCACAGCGCCUAGCAGAUCCAGAGGUUUUGAAGCGGCCAGAAUAUUUUGGGAAGUUUGGUAAAAUACAUAAAGUUGUCAUCAACAACAGCACAUCAUAUGCAGGCUCACAGGGUCCGAGUGCAAGUGCAUACGUAACUUACAUCCGAUCAGAAGAUGCUCUCAGAGCCAUACAGUGCGUCAAUAAUGUGGUGGUAGAUGGCAGAACACUUAAGGCAUCUUUAGGUACAACAAAAUAUUGCAGUUAUUUCCUAAAGAACAUGCAGUGUCCAAAACCUGACUGUAUGUAUCUACAUGAGCUGGGAGACGAAGCAGCCAGUUUCACAAAAGAGGAGAUGCAGGCGGGUAAACACCAAGAAUAUGAACAGAAGCUAUUGCAAGAAUUAUACAAACUAAACCCCAACUUCCUCCAGCUGUCUACGGGUACAGUUGACAAGAACAAAAACAAAGUGACAGCACUGCAGAGGUAUGAUGUACCCAACAGUAAUAACAAAGAUGCCUGGCCAUCAUUACAGAGUUCAAGUAAAUCAGCCAACGGUUUAACAAUGGAACACAGGAAAACGCCUCCUAUAUUAGAAAAUGGCACAGACCCAGAACACAUGACUCCAGAUGGUCCAGACUCAGAUUUCGGCCCUAUCGACAAACCUUCAGACGCUCUCAGUAUAGGAAAUGGUGACAACUCACAGCAGAUAACAAACAGUGACACACCUUCACCACCACCUGGUUUAUCAAAACCCAAUCCAGUCAUACCCAUCAGUUCAUCCAAUCACAGUGCGCGGUCUCCUUUUGAAGGGGCUGUAACAGAGUCACAGUCGCUGUUCUCGGACAACUUCCGGCACCCCAACCCCAUCCCAAGCGGGCUCCCUCCAUUCCCCAGCUCUUCACAGACUUCUAAUGACUGGCCCACAGCACCAGAACCACAGAGCCUCUUCACAUCAGAAACCAUCCCAGUAUCCUCCUCUACAGACUGGCAAGCGGCAUUUGGGUUUGGCUCCUCCAAACAGCAAGAGGAUGACUUAGGGUUUGACCCCUUUGAUAUCACCCGCAAAGCCUUAGCAGACCUGAUUGAGAAGGAACUGUCAGUCCAAGACCAGCCUUCCCUCUCACCCACAUCUCUUCAGAACCCUUCCCUGCACACUACAACCGCCAAAGGGUCAGGGUCUGGAUUCCUGCAUCCUGCUGCGCCCUCAAAUGCCAACUCUCUCAAUAGCACCUUUCCAGUCUUGCCACAGAGGUUCCCGCAGUUUCAACAGCACCGAGCAGUUUACAACUCCUUCAGUUUUCCAGGCCAAGCAGCUCGCUAUCCUUGGAUGGCCUUCCCACGCAAUAGCAUCAUGCACUUGAACCACACAGCAAAUCCCACCUCAAAUAGUAAUUUCUUGGACUUGACUCUCCCGCCACAACACAGCACAGGUCUGGGAGGGAUCCCUAUAUCAGACAACAGCAGUUCUGUAGAGAGUUUAAAUAUGAAGGAAUGGCAGGACGGGCUAAGGGCACUUCUACCGAACAUUAACAUCAACUUUGGUGGGCUGCCCAAUCCUUCUUCCCCCUCCAACGCCAACCACAGUGUACCAACGUCCAACACUGCCACCUCCGACAGCCUGAAUUGGGACAGCCCUGGCAGCUGGAUGGACCCCGCAAUCAUCACAGGGAUCCCAGCCUCCACAGGAAACAGUUUAGACUCCCUUCAAGACGACAAUCCACCACAUUGGCUAAAAUCUCUUCAAGCCCUCACAGAGAUGGACGGCCCCAGUGCAGCCCCGUCACAGACCCACCACAGUAACCCCUUCAGCACACAGAUCCCUCUGCACAGAGCCAGUUGGAACCCCUACUCUCCCCCUUCAAACCCCACCAGUUUCCAUUCCCCUCCCCCAGGCUUUCAGACAGCCUUCAGACCCCCCAGUAAAACCCCCACAGAUCUACUACAGAGCUCAGCGCUGGAUCGUCAUUAGGAAGGGAGGAGGAAAAAACAUGAGAGAUGCAGGAAUUGCCCCAUCCUGAUUCCUCCCCACGCCCACCCACCAUUCCCUUCUCAUGUCUUUCUUUCUGAAGAAUCUAGUUCCUGAUCAAAUCUUCUCCUCCACCCCCAAAUGCAAUGCGAUCACAGGGUCAUGACCGUAUUUUUUUUGUUGUAAAGUUUCUGCUGAUCCAGUGUUUGAAAUACACUGUUUAAAAAUAUUUCCUUAAACAUUGUAAGAAAAAAAAGAGAGAGAAAUCAAAGUGCUGUCUCAAUGCUUAAAAAGAGAAUAUAUCUGUCCUAUGUCUUUUGCACAUAAUGAGCAUUUCUGCCUAGCGGAAAAAGUCAAUCUACAGUAGGGGAGAAAUGUAAUGCUAAAAUGUAGAAUCAAUUACAGAAACAUGAACAUUUUUAUUUUUAGUUUAAACAAAAUUACUAAACAUGUGGAGGAAAGCAGUGGCCUCGCAGUUAUUUUGCAUUCAGGUGUCACUACACAGGGAAAUUGCUAUGUAUUUUUUUUUGGAAGGGAGUACUUUGUGUAAGUCAGUAAGAAGUUUGACGAAGUGGGUCAAAGGACAAAACUUGUAGACGUAACUGGCAUGUUGUUAAAGAGUGGUUUAAAGAGGGGGAAACGUUUUUUAAAAAAAUUUUGGCUUUAGAUUUAAAGUAAACUUUAAUGUUUUAAAAGUAUUCACAGAUUUAAUACCUAACAUAUAACAUAAUAUAAGCAGCUGAAACACAAGUGAUAUUUACGUCAGUCUUUCUGUCUCCUCUGUCAAUCUCUCUCUUUUUUUUUUUUUUUUUUUUUAAUUCACCUGACUAGGGCACUCUGGGAUAGCACUGCAUUGGGGCCACAUGAUCACCAUCAGGAGCGCAACCUUUGACCUCCUCUGCCUGCAGCUUUUACUUAACCCUGUAGUUUCUGGACGUUUGUGCAGUAUUGAAAAGACAGGAAAAAAAGAAACAGAUAAAUAAACAUGGUUAUAACCUGACUCUAAAACUAAAAACAAGGAAAUGUACCUCUUUCUUCAGAAUUAAAACUAAAAUCUUAAAUAAAACAGAAAACUUGAUGAUGA